AUGCGUUCUACUCUUCUCUCGGCUGCGGUCUUGCCGCUAGCCGCUUAUGCUCUCGAGUCCGUCGACGAAAACAACUUUUUCGAGGGCCCUGGCGUGGUGCGAUUCCCUCUUGCCGGUAACAAGGAGGCUCUCGAUAAGCACUUGCGCCGCCAGUUCGAGGCUGGUCUCGCAAACCGCCAGACUGGUUUCUUCUACACCAUUGAUCUCGAAAUUGGCACGCCGCCUCAGACCGUCGCCGUCAACUUCGACACUGGCUCCUCCGAGCUUUGGGUGAACCCCAACUGCGCCAAAUCCUCGGAUGAGGCUUACUGCAAGACCUUUGGUGCUUUCGGCAAGUCUGCUUCAUUCACCAGCCUCAAUCAGAACGCCACCCUCAAGUACGGCCGUGGUCAUGCCGAUAUUGAGUACGGCUACGACUAUGUCACUGUCGGCACCUCCAAGAUUAACCAGCAGAUCUUCGGUGUUGCUCACGAUUCCGAGUUUGCCACUACCGGUCUCAUGGGUGUUGGCCCCAACCUGCGUGGCUGGAACAGCCCGUACCCUUACAUCCUCGAUAACCUGUUCACCCAAAAGUUUAUCAACAGCAGGGCCUUUUCUCUGGAUCUUCGUCAGGUCUCUAGCGCGCGUGGUGCCGUCGUAUUUGGUGGUAUCGACACCAAGAAGUUCAAGGGCCCCCUCAUCAAGAGGAACAUUAUCCCGGCCGGCUCGGCCCCCGAUGGCAAGACUCGCUACUGGGCUACUUGCGACAGCAUCACUAUCAAUCAGGCAGAUGGCUCCAAGAUUAAUGCUCAGACCCAACCCCAGGUCUACCUCUUUGAUUCUGGCUAUACAAUAAGCUCUCUGCCAACCACCAUCUUCAACGAGCUUCUCAAGGCCUUUCCCUCGGCCAAAAAGGAGACCAACGGCCAGUAUCUUGUCGAUUGCGGCGUCGUAAAAACCACGGGCACCCUUGACUUCAAGUUUGACAAUGCCACCAUUCGUGUCCCCUACAGCGACUUCAUCUGGCAGCAGCCCAGCUUUAACUCUUGCGUCCUUGGCGCCGUCCCCGAUGACAAGAUGCCCGUCCUCGGCGACACUUUUCUGCGGGCCGCUUAUGUUGUUUACGACUGGGAUAACCGCGCCCUUCACUUUGCUGCCGCGGACGACUGCGGUUCCAACCUGGUAGCUAUUGGCUCAGGUUCUGGUGCUGUGACCGUCACAGAGGGUGACUGCGCCAAGACUGAACCUACCACGUCGUCCACCUCUACUAUCGCUACCACGACCACGACCUCGUCUUCCACUACGACAACGACGUCCACCACCGAGUCAUCCACCACAUGGUCUACUACGUCGUCGACCACUGAUCCGUCUACAACCUCGUCUACCACGUCAUCCACCACCGAGUCGUCCACCACGUCGUCUACCACUGAUCCUUCCACAACCUCGUCCACCACGUCGUCCACCACCGACGAAUCGUCUACUACCUCGUCUACCACUCGAUCGUCUACCACUGACUCGUCGACUACGUCGUCUACCACGGAUCCGUCUACGUCUACCACGGAGUCGUCUACUACUACUACUAGUUCAUCGACUACAUCGUCCACCACUGAUCCGUCUACGUCCACCACUGAUCCGUCUACGUCCACCACGAAGUCGUCGACUACUACUGGUUCGUCUACUACGUCGUCUACCACCGAUCCGUCUACGUCUACCACGGAAUCAUCUACUACACAGUCAAGUACAGAGUCGUCGACUACAUCGUCCACCACUGAUCUGUCCACGUCUACCACUGAUUGGUUCACGACAUCUACGAUCAUUGAUUCUGCCACUUCCGUUCCUCAGACCACUGGUUCUAUUGCCACUACCCGCCCUGGUAACACGACGUACACCUCCAUCGUCACGACUACCCGCACUCAUACCAUCACCUCGUGCGCUCCCACCGUCACCAAUUGUCCUAUCGGCAAGGUCACCAGCGAGGUCAUCACCUCGUACACCACCUGGUACCCUGGGGAGACUCAGCCUAAGCCGAUCAGCACGGAGAGCCAGCCCAACCCUACCAACAGCGGCAUCAGCAGCCCCAGCGCGUACACCAAGCCCCCUUGUCCCGAGGUCACCCUAACCUUUGUCAUUCCCAAGACCUACUACUGCACCAAGGGUCAGUCCGGCUGCGCCGAGGGCGAGGAGAUUAUCACCUCGCACCCUGCCACUAUCGUUCCCAUUACCCCCAUGGCCACGCCUACGCCCAUUCCCGGCUGCGUCGAUUGUCACCCCAAGCAGCCCGCCGCUAAGCCUGCCCAGACUCCUGCCGCGCCCGCUGGUGUCGUUCCCGUCGCUGUGAAUCCCCAUCCCGUUGAGACCAAGGAGCAAGUUCCUGCGCAGAGCACUCCCGCUGCUCCUGCCCAGCCUCCUUCUACGCCCGCUCCCAAGCCCGUCGCUACACAGAGCAAACCCGCUGCUCCCGUCAAGCCCUCGACCCUGGCUUCCGUCAAGCCCUCUAGCACCGGUGCCCCGAUUGCUAGCCAGCCUCCGGUCGUCGCCGGCGCCGCCGGUCUUUACGUCUCCGGUCUUGCUGCCGUUGUUGCCGCUCUCGUUGCUGUCAUCUAA